AUGGACAAGUUGGGAAAGGGUUCUGGAUUCAGGAGAAAUACCUUGGUUAGGUCUUGGCAACCAGCAACCACACCUCUGGGGCAACCAGCCUCAGCUCCAGCUGUGUCUUUUGGCAGCACCCAACCCAGAAGACCUGUCGUUGCAAAACCAGCUACUUGGGCCUGGGCAGACGAGCAGGCAGCACUGCAGCAGGACCAGGUUCAACAGGAUAAGAUCUGGAGAGAGUCUGUGGAGGCUGAACAGAGAGGAAGAAAAAUCUGGUACCAGAACUGGAGUUUCCUGAAGGACUAUGACCAAAUGGGUAAAAAAAAGGAGCAGACGCCACUGCCAAACUAUGUAUCUGUGUUCUCAAGCAAAGUUCCCAACUCUACCAACCAGACUAUUGGCAGUCGAAUGAAUACUGAACUUGGCAGGGCUCUGGUAAACAUGGAUUACUUCUUCAGCAGUGGAGCACGAAAGAGGAAACUUGAGGGUGAGCUCCAGCUUUCCUAG